CACAUGACUAAUUUAUGGGGCCGAAGACGUCGUGAUGCUAACAGUUCACCAAAUCCCCUGCCCACCAUUUUCUUCAUGGCUCUCCUUCUUCCUCUGUAUCCUCCGUAGGCUCACAACGAAAGCAACGAUUCUGUGAUCUGUUCGACCUGCACAACCGCUGGUCGGAAGGGGUGGGAAGCAAAACAUCACAGGCUCGUUUGUGGAUGCAUGUGAUCGAUCACUCGUCGAGCUUCUUCGGAUCGGAAUGAGCAUCUUUACGGGAAGACCCGGCAGCUGGCUUAAGCCUUCUGCAGGUCACAAUAGGGCGAGAGCAGGGAACGGGAUCGUAUAUCCAGUUCUGGGAAUUGCUGUGUGUGUGGCCUUGAUAUACCUGAUGCUUGGGGACUUCAAGUUCUCUCCUGGGAAGUCGCAGCUGAGCUUUGUGCAGAGGAAUGGCACCCAGUUCGUGGUGGAUGGGAGGGCGUUCUAUGUGAACGGAUGGAACUCCUACUGGCUGAUGGAUCAAUCUGUGGAGGAGUCCAGCAGGCCGAGGGUCAGUGAAAUCUUCCAGACGGGUGCGAAGAUGGGAAUGACCGUCUGCAGGACUUGGGCCUUCAAUGAUGGUGCCUACCAUGCUCUGCAGGUCUCACUCGGCAUCUUCGAUGAGCGGGUCUUCAAGGCAUUGGACUGGGUAAUCGUGGAAGCACGAAGACAUGGGAUCAGGCUGCUGCUGAGCCUGGUUAACAAUUUGCAGCACUACGGUGGGAAGACGCAAUACGUCAAAUGGGCAUGGGACGAGGGUUUUGGGCUGAGUUCUUCAAAUGAUUCCUUCUUCUUCGAUCCUUCAAUUCGUAGUUACUUCAAGAUUUACUUGAAGACCAUAUUGACAAGGAAGAACCAUUUAACUGGAAUUGAGUACAGGGAUGAUCCCACAAUCUUCGCUUGGGAGUUGAUGAAUGAACCGCAAUGUCAAUCGGAUGCUUCUGGUGACACUCUCCAAGAAUGGAUCGAAGAAAUGACAGAAUAUGUGAAAACGAUUGACAAGAAGCACCUAUUGACGAUUGGACUUGAGGGGUUCUAUGGACCAGUAAGUCCUGAAGUGAAGCAAAACAUCAAUCCAGGAAAGUGGUAUAGCACUCUAGGAUCGGACUUCGUUCGCAACUCCAAAGUCCCCUAUGUCGACUUUGCUUCUGCGCAUAUAUAUCCUGAUCAAUGGUUGGUAGAAGCAGAUCUCAAUGAGAAAGUCGAAUACAUCUCCAAAUGGAUCACAUCUCACAUUGAAGAUGGUGAGAAAACACUAAAUAAGCCGAUCAUGUUCACUGAGUUUGGCCUCUCCACAAAGGCAAAGAACUUUGAAUACUCGCACCGAAUAAUAUUCUACAAGUCUAUCUUCAACAAAAUCCACGAGUCUGCGAGACAAAAUGGAGCUGGAGCAGGUGCCUUGAUAUGGCAACUAUUGGUUCAGGGAAUGGAGGAUUACAAUGAUGAUUACGGGAUCGUGCCAAGGGAGAGACCUUCUGUAGAUAAGUUGAUCAAAGAGCAGUCAUGUCAGCUGAUAGCAGUGCGAUACGGGAAGAACUCAGUAGACAAAAGCUCUGUAAUCUGCUAAAAGACAUUGCCUAUGUCUUCCAUUUCCUCUUCUUCCGACCAACCACAGCAGUUCUUUCCAAGAGCAGUAUCUGAUGGUACAACUCAAAUUUUUGGACAACUGCAACCAGAUAUAUGUCCUUGGCAUUUUAUUUGGCUCUCGUCUUGGCCAUUCUUUCCCAGAAUGAUUCACAAAGAACCGCAGAAUGUUUUCAUUAGCCACUUUGAUGAGUGAUCAGAAUAUGACGACAGUAAAUACUAUGGUGUAUGUUUCAAUCUCAUUUUCCUUUGGGUUUUGAGUUUCGAGCAGAUGAUUGUGAGAUUUUACUUUGAAUUUUAUUAUUGUUUUACCGCAGACAGAUUUUAGCAUCACAAUCAGGUUGCCCAGCAAACCUUCUUGUGUUCUUGGUCUCUGU